AUGCUGUGGUUAACUGGGCUUAUUCCAGCAGCUUGUAAAGCUGACCCGGCCAGCUGCAGGCUGUGGGCUGAUCCUCAGGCGCCUGCUCUUUCUAUGAAUGGAGACUUUAUAAUCGGGGGGAUUUUUUCGAUUCAUUUCUACAUGAGUUCAGAGCAGAACACCUACACCAGACAACCACUACAGCUACAGUGCUCGGGGAGUAUGAACUUCAGGGAGCUGCGCUUCGCUCGUGCCAUGGAAUUCGCCAUCCACGAGAUCAACAACAGAACGGAUCUCUUGCCCGGAAUCACGUUAGGAUACCAGAUACGCGACUCGUGCGGUGCAGUGCCGAUGGCUAUUAAACUUGCAUUACUGUUGGCAAACGGCAUGGAGCCAUUUUUCAAUGAUACUGAUUCCUGUUCAAAAUCUGCAGCCGCUGCUGUUCCUGCUCUCGUGGGAGAUUCUGCAUCAACCCCCUCAAUUGGCAUUGCCAGAAUGCUGGGUCUUUUUGGAAUUCCACAGGUGAGUCACUACGCAACCUGCGCAUGUCUGAGCGAUAAACGUCAGUACCCUGCCUUCUUCAGGACCGUGCCUAGUGACCACCAUCAGGCGGCAGCCCUAGCGAAAAUAGUCAAGCAUUUCGGCUGGACAUGGAUUGGGGCAGUGCGCAGCGACACAGACUAUGGAAAUAAUGGAAUGGCCUUGUUUCUAAAGGCUGCGCAAGAGGAGGGCAUCUGUGUGGAGUACUCCGAGUCCUUCUACAGAACACAACCGCGCAGUAAACUGGAGAGAGUGGCAAACGUCAUCCGCAGAUCAACAGCCCGGGUAAUAGUAGCGUUUGUUCUCGAAGGCGAAUUGAGGCUUCUGUUGGAAGAACUGUCAAGACAGCCGCCGCCUCCUCUUCAGUGGAUCGGCAGCGAAGCGUGGAUCAUAGAUCCCGAAUUUCUGCGCUUUAACAUGUGCGCUGGUGCGAUAGGAUUUGGGAUCCCCCGCUCAGUGAUUCCAGGUCUUCGCGAGUUUCUUCUGGAUCUCUCUCCAGAACAAGCACUGAAAUCGCCUCUGCUGACGGAGUUUUGGGAGCGCUCGUUCAGCUGUAGCCUAAAAAGCUCAUCAGUGGCCGCGCGGAAAUGUGACGGCAGCGAGGAUAUCCGCGCGCUGCAGAACCCAUAUACAGACACGUCGCAGCUUCGCGCGACUAACCUCGUGUACAAAGCUACGUAUGCCAUAGCGCAUGCCAUCCACGGUGUUAUCUGUAAUGACACGCAAAAAUGCAUUCAAACAAUUGAUAGUUCAAAAUCACAGUUUUUCAAAUUAUAUGUUCCACUGCAGAUACUCGACCAGCUCAAGAGAGUGAACUUCACUACAAACAAUGGUUUUCAGGUGUCGUUUGAUUCCAGUGGUGAUCCUGUGGCCGUCUACGAGCUCAUAAACUGGCAGUUUAAGAAAGAUGGUGGUUUGAGUUUUGUCCCUGUGGGCCACUAUGACUCAUCCAGACCAAGAGGCCAGGAGCUCAGUAUGAGCAGAGCUAUCAUCUGGAUGGAGGGACAGACCGAGGUGCCAAGAUCUGUGUGCAGUGAGAGCUGUCCUCCAGGAACCAGGAAGGCUGUGCAGAAAGGAAAGCCAGUCUGCUGCUAUGACUGUAUACCAUGCGCAGAAGGAGAGAUCAGCAACAAGACAGACUCAUUGAAGUGUGUGCACUGCCUUCCUGAUUUCUGGCCCAAUGCCAAGCAUGAUAGAUGCCUCCCCAAGCCUGUGGAGUUCUUGUCCUGGGACGACACUCUGAGCAUCAUCCUGACAGUGUUCUCCAUCGCUGGGGCCUUCAUAGCUGUAUGUGUGACUGCUGUUUUCUAUAAAAACAGAACUUCUCCCAUCGUCCGAGCCAACAACUCAGAGCUGAGCUUCCUGCUGCUCUUCUCACUGACUCUGUGUUUUCUCUGCUCACUUACUUUCAUUGGUCGGCCCUCUGAGUGGUCCUGUAUGCUGCGCCACACAGCGUUUGGGAUCACCUUCGUCCUCUGCAUCUCCUGUGUUCUGGGGAAAACAAUAGUGGUGUUAAUGGCCUUCAGAGCUACACUUCCAGGCAGUAAUGCCAUGAAAUGGUUUGGGCCUCCACAGCAGAGACUCAGUGUUCUCACCUUCACUCUCAUACAGGUCCUUAUUUGUGUUCUUUGGUUGACAAUAUCUCCUCCUCUCCCCUUCAAAAAUCUAAAUCACUACAAAGAAAGAAUAAUCCUGGAAUGUGGAUUAGGUUCAGCUGUAGGGUUCUGGGCUGUGCUGGGUUAUAUAGGAUUUCUGGCUCUCUUGUGUUUUAUUUUGGCUUUUCUAGCACGGAAGCUGCCUGAUAACUUUAAUGAAGCCAAGUUCAUCACAUUCAGCAUGCUCAUAUUCUGUGCAGUGUGGGUUACCUUUAUCCCAGCUUAUGUCAGCUCUCCUGGAAAGUUCACUGUAGCUGUAGAGAUAUUUGCUAUUCUGGCCUCAAGCUUUGGUUUGAUUAUCUGUAUUUUUGCUCCCAAAUGUUUCAUAAUCAUUUUUAGGCCAGAGCAAAAUACCAAGAAAAACCUUUUGGGAAAAGGAUCCACCAAGGCCCUUUGA